AUGAUUACACGACUUCUACUUCUAUCAAUAUUUCCGCUGUUUCUUGCGCAACACUUUGUACCGACGGAAAGGGAUUACACUACCAUAUCUCCUCCAAUUGCUAGACCUCAUCGAGACUUCAUCACUGGAAGAAGAAGGAGUCAUCACAUAGCUCGCCAUCCUUCUUCAUCAUCUAGAAGGCAUGAGCCUAGUGCUGAUGAAGCGGCAUACUUACGGAAGCUUGAGGCAUAUGAAGAGCAAAGAGAACGGUUCGAUGAACUCAAAAGAACUUCACGUGAUCGCUACUAUGAGGAUUACUUCAAUAGGAUGAGAACGUAUGCUGUCGAGACUCAAAUAAGAAAAUAUAACCAACUUCUGCAGCAACAAGCUGCUGAGCGUGCUCGAUUUGCCAAGAUCAUGAAUGAGUAUGGUGUAAGAGAAGAAGAUGUGAUCAGUCAAUUGGGAAGUGGUGCUCAAUAUAUUCCUAGAGAACCAGAAGAUGUAGUGAAACCACCCACGAACCCAUUCGGUGAUGGUAAAAACGUCGGUGAUAUCAUGGGUUCUGAAUCCAAGAAGCCAAGGGUAGAAGCUGUUCCAGUUUUAGAGCCUCAACCACCUUCAAACAUCGAACCCAGACCUGAAAACAGAGAUGUUCACCGUAAAGCAAUAGCAUUAGAAACACUUUGUGCCAAGUUCUUGAAUACCGUUCGUCAACACUGUAACGGAAAUAAAACCGAGGAAGCAUAUGUCAAGAAAUGCGAAGGAUAUUUCAAGGAUUGCGGGGGAAUGAUUCCAAAGGCAGAUCCCCUAUACAGCAUAGCUAACUCAUUCUCGUCGGGUGUUAAUAUCAAUGUUGCAACUGUAGGCGUAAAGGGAAUUCCAUACUAUCCUAUCAAUGAAGAAGGAGCUAUCGAAGUGGGAAGAGAAAUCGGUGUUCCUUUCGGAUCCUGGGGAGGAGGAUUCACUGAUCACGCCGGAGUCAGAGACUAUUGGUCUCAAACUACUGAGAUUGGAGCUAACUGGUAUGAAGGGAAAUACGGAUAUAAAAGUGGAUGGAGUGUACCUCUAGUUCAGUCUCUAGGUAUUGAAGGAGACACUCAUGCUGUGGUCUCCGUUCCUUUGAAACCAGGCGAGCUCGGAAAACCAGUUGGAGUGGAUGUAGGAGGAGGAGUUGGACCAUACUAUCAACAGAAUCAGCAUGUAGGAGUUGACUACAUGAAUGGAAAUGUUGGAACGAACUUUGGAGUAGGUGUUCCCUUUGCGGGAGUUGGUGUCAAUACAGGACUUGGCAUCAAAUUCCCAUCCGUCAACGAUGUAAUCGGAAAGUAA